AUACUCCUUCCCCACCUCUCUCUCUCUCUCUCUCUCUCUCUCUCUCAAAUUAAUUAAUCCCCUGUUCAAGCUAGUUUAGUACCUCCAUAUUCAUACAUGGCCAUUAGGAAGUCAAACAAGCUACCUCAACCAGCAGCUCUGAAGCAAAUCCUGAAGAAGUGCUCCAGCUUCAGCAAGAAGAGCGGCAGCGGCUAUGACAGCGGCGGCGGCGGUCUUCCUGAUGAUGUGCCAAAGGGGCACUUUGCAGUAUACGUGGGACAAAACAGGAGCAGAUAUAUUGUCCCCAUAGCAUGGUUGGAUCACCCGGAGUUCCAGAGCCUGCUCCGGCGGGCGGAAGAGGAAUUUGGUUUUAACCAUGGUAUGGGCAUUACCAUCCCUUGUGAAGAAGUUGUUUUCCGCUCUCUAACGUCCAUGAUCAGAUCCUAAAAGCUCACUGAUCGAUAAAGGUUUCAUGCAUGCAUGUGCGCAUGUGUUGCUGGGCAGCUGAGUGAGUAUGUGUGUCUCUAUAUAUAUACAUGAUAGGGCAGAUCAGGUGGAUUGGAGGAGCUGCAGGUUCAUCAUAUAUUCUUGUCAAUAGGAAAUAUGUGACAAGGGGGUUGGUUAAUUACGUAUUGUAGGGAUCUUGAUAAAACCAUGUUGAGAUUUUCAGGGUUAGAUUUGUAUAUUGAUUAAUCUAGUUAAGAGCGAGAUUUCAGAGCUAGCUAAUAUAUAUGUACUAGGGCAAGGAAAAAUGUGUAGAACUAAUCUCUCUCUCUCUCUCUGGCUUGUGGCUAGCUUCUGUAUUUUGUCAUACGGUUUAUUAAUCUUCUAGUGGAAAACAUGUCCCUUUUCUUUCUA